AUGGCAGGGUAAAACUCAACCCAGAUCCCACAGCCCUCACCCUCUCAGCCUCCCUUCCUUUAAAACCUUAACACAAACUCAUUUGUUAACUCUCUCUUCCACCUCUCUCUCUUUCUUUUCUUUGUGUCUGUUGCUCGGAAUAACAGAGCCUGGAACAAAACAAAUCCACAAAGUUUAAAAAGGGAAGAGGGAGAGAGUGGAAUCUUUUGUCUAAUCGAAUCAAAAUCACGUCACAUCAAUCAGAUCAGCGAUGUCAAAGGCCACCGGCAGCGGUGAUGAUGUGAACACUACAUCAGAAACAACGGCAGCUACAGGAGCUGCUGCAACAGCUGGUGGUGGUGGAGCUUCCCCCGGAGCACCAACAAUGGGACCGGCGCAACAACAGCAGCAGCAACAGCAGGCUCGGCCUUACCAGUGGAUCCCACUGCAUCAUCAUCAACAUCCUCAGCAAUGGAUGGGGAUGGGAAUGAUCCCCUAUUCGGCGGCGACGAUGGCCAUGAUGCAGCAACAGAUGUUGAUGUAUCCGCCGCACUACAUGGCGGCUUACGGCGGUGGCCAUCAGUAUUAUCAGCAACAACAACACCAUUAUCAAAAUGGGAAGCAUGGUAAUAAUGGCAAUAAUAAUAACCAUAAACAAAACGGAUUUAUCAAUGGUAAUAAUACUAAUGAUGAGACUAAGACGAUUUGGAUCGGCGACUUGUUUCAUUGGAUGGACGAGACUUAUCUUCAUAAUUGUUUUUCUCACACCGGCCAGGUAUCAAAUGUUAAAGUUAUACGCAAUAAGCAUACUGGCCUGUCAGAGGGGUAUGGAUUUGUUGAAUUUUUUACGCGUGCAGCAGCUGAAAAAGUUGUGCAGAGCUAUAACGGUUCUGUGAUGCCAAACACUGAGCAGCCAUUUCGUCUUAAUUGGGCAACCUUUGCAGGUGAAAGGCGAAUAGAUUCUGGUUCUGAUGUAUCCAUAUUUGUAGGAGAUUUGGCUUCAGAUGUUACUGAUGGCAUUUUGCUGGAGACUUUUUCUAGCAAAUAUCCAUCUGUGAAAGGAGCAAAAGUUAUCAUUGACUCAAACACUGGCCGUCCAAAAGGUUAUGGUUUUGUGAGGUUUGGUGAUGAACAUGAGAGAUCAAGGGCCAUGACUGAAAUGAAUGGGGUGUAUUGUUCAAGUAGGCCCAUGCGCAUAGACAUUGCAACCCCCAAAAAGGCUUCUGGAUAUCAACAACAGUAUUCCUCACAAGCUCUUGUUUUGGCUGGUGGACAUGCAUCAAAUGGGGCUAGGGUCCAGGGUUCUCAAUCUGAUGGCGAGUCAAAUAAUGUGACUAUAUUUGUGGGGGCUCUUGAUUCUGAUGUCUCUGAUGAGGAUCUGAGGGAGCCUUUUUCUCAGUUUGGUGAAAUUGUCUCUGUGAAAAUACCAGUUGGUAAAGGAUGUGGAUUUGUUCAAUUUGCAAACAGAAAGGAUGCUGAGGAUGCAUUGCAAAAGUUACAAGGGACAGUUAUAGGCAAGCAAACCGUUCGUCUUUCUUGGGGUCGCAAUCCUGGGAACAAGCAGUGGAGACCAGAUUCUCAUAACCACUGGAAUAAUGGGGCACAUUAUGGAGGUCACUACUAUGGUGGGAAUGGAUAUGCCAUGCCGCCUAAUGAAGAUCCAAGCAUGUAUGCUGCUGCAACUGCCGUUCCUGGUGCUUCUUAAGAGGGGUAUGGGUAUUUCCAAAAUUAUGCACUCUGAACUUGCAUGAAUGCCCUAUAAUGUAGCCCAUAAAAUUAAAGUAGGGUUGGUUUAGCUGCCCCGAACGUAGUUAAAUCUGUAGUUUGCAGAAUUUUAUAGUUGGAAUAAUUUAAUAUUGUGGAGGUUUGUUUAGAUUUGUACUAUUAUUAUUUUAUGAUUUUUUGGGGGUAUGCGAGAGAGGGAUUCUUACAAAGUGAGAAACUUUGUUCAAGUUUUUUUUGUUCUGAACUAUAACUCGAGGAAGAACGCAUAAAACUUCAAAGGUUUUGAAUAUUUUUCAUUUUUGUCUCUGUUUAGGUAAAAUUUUUGGAAUAGUAGUGAUUAAGAUGUCUUGACCA